CCCGCCCGGCGCCGCAGACGCUCCGGGUCCUCCGGGUUCUCCUAGUCCUCCGCGGGCGCCGAGCCCGGCGCGCGGAGCCCAUGGAACCGGCGCGGGGCGCGCUCCGUGCGAGCGGCGGGGCCGAGGCGCUGCUGGGCGAGCUGGAGGUGCGGGUCCAGGACGUGGUGAGGGUGAGCUCGUGGUGGGAGCGCCACGGCGUGGACUGCGCCAUCCUUGCGCUCAACUUCCUCGCCUUGCCACCCGGGUUCCUGUGCCUGCGCUCUGAGAAUCUCCUGGUCUUUGCCCUGGGCAUCGCCAUCCUGGGUGUGUGCCACUACACGCUCACCGUCAAGGGCAGCCACCUUGCCACUCAUGGUGCCCUCACCGAGUCCAAACGCUGGAGCAAGAUCUGGGUGCUUUUCUUUGUGGAGGUAUGCACGUCCUUCACUGCAGAGCACGCCAAGUACGGACACGUCAAGAUGCACCAUGGCUACACCAACGUGCUGGGCCUGGGGGACUCGAGCACGUGGAGGCUGCCCUGCCUCAACCGCUACGUCUACAUGUUCCUCGCUCCUCUCUUGAUCCCCAUCAUAACCCCGCUGGUGGCUGUCGAACGGCUGAGAGAGGUGGAGCUCAGGACGGCCCUGCGGACGCUUGGCCUGAUUUCCCUGGGCCUUUAUUCUCACUACUGGCUGCUCCUGAAUGUGUCUGGCUUCCAGAGCCCCAGCUCAGCCCUGGCCUGCAUGCUCAUCACCAGAUCCCUGCUGGCCCACCCUUACCUUCACGUCAACAUCUUCCAGCACAUCGGGCUGCCCAUGUUCUCCCGGGACAAGAAGCCCCAACGGAUUCACAUGAUGAGCCUGGGGGUGCUUAACCUGCCCCGGCUGCCCGUGCUGGACUGGGCGUUCGGCCACUCCCUCAUCAGCUGCCACGUGGAGCACCACCUCUUCCCCAGGCUCUCCGACAACAUGUGCCUGAAGGUGAAGCCCGUGGUGUCCCAGUUCCUCCGUGAGAAGCAGCUGCCGUACAACGAGGACUCCUACCUGGCUCGCUUCCGGCUGUUUCUCCACCACUACGAGGAGCUCAUGGUGCAGACCCCUCCCAUCACAGAGCUGGUGGGGCUGCAGUGAGGGGCGGCCGGCACAGUCACCCCGCUCUCCCUUCCGGGCCCACCCCCGGCUCUCCUGCCUCUGCCGGCCAUCCCUGGGGCUGGGAGGGCGCAGGCCCUUGCCCGGUGGGUGUGGCUCGGUUGCCUGGAGUGGGGAGGCGCGGGGUGGGCAGUGAGGCGGGGAGCUCGUGCUGGGGGGCCGGGGGGUCACCUGCCCUGCUUGCUUUCGCGGGUUUUGAGGAAUAUCUGGAGGGAAGGAAUAAAGGUGGCUGGGCAUUCUGGACAAUCUGGACCUCAGCCAACUUCAUCUCAGGACUAAA